AUGCGUAGCGCGACAUGGUCGCGUGGAUUCGAAGGCGAUGGAUUGUCGCUCCAGGAGUCCAUCUCUGUCGCGGCGCACGUCAGCGCUGCGCAGCGACGACGGACUUUCAUGCUCGAGCUCGUCGGCCCCUCUGAGUCAAACGCAGCACGGCGUGUUGACUCGAUGCUCGCGGCCGAUCAGAAGCUAUCGGCACCGAGGUGUGAUCUCAUGCUACGUAAAUCGCAGGCCGAGAGUAGUGGUGGUGGCCCGGCCUUGAAUCUCGUCUUUUGA